AUGGAAAAAGAAAAUCAUUUUUGUUCUGGGUUGAUUAUUGAUGUAACAUUUUCCCGGAAAAGUGUUCUCUUAGAAAUCAUGAGAUUCAAUGGAAUAGAAAUUUCACUUCCGUUCAUCUUUUGGUUUUCCUUUUUUAUUUCAAAAGAGACGUCAACAAGAAAAGAAAUGCCAAGGGGUGGCUUAAGCAAACAGAAGCCCAAUGAGUGA